AUGGCAACCUGCACGGUGUCGACCGAAGGUGCUGCCGAUGGUUCUUUGAUUAAAACAUCAACGCGUCCUUCUACUAAACAACAUAAUGUAUCUGACAAUUGUGACAACGAUAAGUUUGAUUAUGAUCUAUUUCCCUACAAUGAUAAUGGUCAACCGAUCGACGAUUCUCAACUAUCCAAGUUAAAUGAUGAUCCUGAAGAAGAUGAUCCCGAUCUGGAAAUUACCUAUAUCGUUGAACCAAAUAAUGAUGUUAAACAAUUAGUUAUGAAUUCUCCAUUUCGGUCUGUUGAUGGUAAAGUAUUCAUCGUCGGCAGUAAAUCUACAAAAUUCUUUGCCAUCGAUCCUGCUACCGGCAAAAUUCUCCAAUCGUUCAACAGCGAUGAUGAAUUAGAAUGUCCAUCUACUGGUUCACUUCCUCGAGAUGCUUUGUAUAUGGGCAUGAAUGCGUAUAAAAUUUCAAUUUUUAAUGAGCGCGGUAAACCAAAAUGGAACCUUACCUAUACUGAAUAUGUCCCCCAUAGUUUUGACGCCAGCAUUGAAAUGAUACAUAGUACUUCUCCUGAUGGUUCUUACAUUUCUUCUACUCAUAAUGGUGAAGUUCUUUCAACUGACUCUGCAAAUGGCGAACAUAAUUGGUAUCAGCAAUUUUCUUCUCCAGCUGUCGGAUUUUUUGAUGUAUUGGCAUCAAAAGAAUUGUCAAGCGGUCUUCAUAUCGUGAGACAACCAAGACCUUCUAUUGCUUAUUAUGAUCGUCGAAUGAAGCAAGAAUCUUCACAAUUAUCUGCUAUUCCACCCGGACAAAAUGAGGUUCCCGAGCAUAAAGAACGUUGCCAUCCUGGUUCAUCAAUAUAUCCAAAGUGUUUGGUUGGAAAUCAUUUGAUCAUCCCUUCUGAAGUACCUUUAAUUGAUCCUCCUCCAAAAGGCAACAAUACCAUUCCCGUGAAUUCUUCCAAACCACAGAUUACAGCGCAAGUCGGAACUGGGUUAAGGUCUUCGUUAGACAAUAGAAAACGUUUUGACUUUUUAUUCAAAAACAAAGUGAUGGAUUUCUUUAAACAAAGUCCCCAGCGUGACUCACUUUCUACGAAGCCUGGUGGAAAAAAAGACCCUCCGAAGAAGAAUAAGAAACGCGGAAAAUCAGCGGCAGUAACAAAAUCAACGGUAGCAACCAAAAAAUCAGAUGUAAAAGAUGAUGAAAAAAUGAAUAAAUUACCUUCGGUGAAAGGUGUGCCUUCAAAAGAAUUGUUACCAAUAGUUAAUUAUAGUAUUCCUCCUACGAGAAUUCCUAAUAUGGAUAAUAGUGCUGUACCUGUGACCACGGAUCAUAUUACCUCUACUGUUUCGACUGUUUCGACCACUGCUAAUGGUGAAAUAAAAUUGAAUUCUUUGGUGGUUACGGAUACUAUUUUAGGAUCUUUUGAAGGUCGUGAUGUUGCUAUUAAAAGGCUUUUACUAGAUUUUUAUGAAAUUGCAUAUCAUGAAGUAUCAUUAUUACAAGAAAGCGAUGAUCAUCCAAAUGUUAUCCGUUAUUAUUGUAAAGAACAAAGUGAUCGAUUUUUAUAUAUUGCUCUUGAACUUUGUCCCGCUUCAUUACAUGAUUUGAUAGAACGAGGUUCAACGUUUCAACAUGCAUAUUUGUUAAAAUCGUUACAUCCUCCCUCCAAGAUUCUUUACCAAAUAGUUUCGGAUGGUGUUACACAAUCCGCAACUGUGAGAGUAUUAAUAUCAGAUUUUGGUUUAUGUAAAAAGUUGGAUGGUGAAUCUAGUAGUUUUCAUAAUACAACAAACAAUGCAGGAGGGACAAUUGGUUGGAGAGCACCAGAGUUAUUAUCUCCACCGUCACCAGACGGAACAAAUAAUGAUCGUCUAAAUGAUAAUUCUUUCACGUCAUCGUCAUCAAGCUCAGAUCAUGAUAGUGGUCAACCACGAAGAGUAACAAAGUCAAUAGAUAUAUUUUCAGCAGGCUGUUUAUUUUAUUAUGUACUUACUGGUGGUGACCAUCCAUUUGGUGAUAGAUAUUCAAGAGAGAUAAAUAUUUUGAAAGGAGUUUAUGAAUUAAACAAGUUAGAUGGAAUGGGUGAAGAAGGUAUUGAAGCUAAAGAUUUAAUUGAAAGGAUGAUCGAACGUGACCCUAAAAAAAGACCAAAAUCUGGAACAGUGAUGAUACAUCCAUAUUUCUGGUCACCAUCAAAAAGGCUUUCAUUUUUACAAGAUGCUUCAGAUAGAUUUGAGAUAGAAGAAAGAGAUCCACCAUCACCACUUUUACAGCGAUUAGAACAAGGAGUUGGAAAAGUUAUAGGAUCAGAUUGGCAUAAAAGAAUCGAUAAAGUAUUUAUAGAGAAUUUAGGAAAAUAUCGAAAAUAUGAUGGAUCCAAGAUUAGAGAUUUAUUGAGAGCUUUGAGAAAUAAGAAACAUCAUUAUCAAGAUCUACCAGAACAAGUAAAGAGAGCAUUAGGUCAAAUACCUGAUGGAUUUUUAUUUUACUUCACGUCAAGGUUUCCAAAUUUGAUGUUACAUGUAUAUUAUGUUAUUGCAGAAUUCGAAAAUUUGAGAAAUGAGACCCUUUUUACAAAUGCUGACACUAAACCAACCGAGGAGGGUACCACCCUAAUUAUUACCGUAUCAUCAGAUCGUGGAUUAUGUGGCGGUAUCCAUUCAAGUGUAUCAAAAGCUUCUCGUAAACAUGUCGAGGACAAACCAAAUGCACAAGUUGUGGUAUUGGGAGAUAAAGCAAAAUCUCAACUUUCACGCACAAAUCGUAAUAAUAUACGGCUUUCGUUUAACCAAAUUGGAAAGUCUACUCCAACUUACGCUGAAGCGUGUGCUGUUGCUGACACCAUAUUGAAAGAGAAAAUUGAAUUUGAUCAGGCUAUAGUUGUUUAUAAUUAUUUUAGAUCAGUGAUUUCUUAUGAAGCUGAAACGAUCCCUGUAUAUGCAGUAUCCACGUUUUCUAAAUCAGGAAAAUUUGAUGCGUACGAAAUUGAGGAUGAUGUAUUAGAAAAUCUUCAAGAGUUUGCGUUAGCAAAUUCAAUUUAUUGGGGUCUUGCUGAAGGUCAUGCGUCAGAAAUGGCAUCAAAACGUAGUGCAAUGGAAAAUGCUACAAAAAAUGCUGGCGAAAUGAUUGAUAAACUUACAUUAACUUAUAAUCGUGGUAGACAGGCCGUUAUUACCAGUGAAUUGAGUAAGUAUAUUGUGUAG